UUGAGGUCUUUCAGACUUUCAGUUAGUCGAUUUAGUUAUUAACUAUUUUCUUUAAUAUGCCUCAGCCGAAAUGGUACGGAAAAUCUCUUUCGGCAUUGUGCAUGGAAAAUAUCGUCGAUAACAUGGAGAAAUGGACGACAUUGCGUAGCUCGGAGGAUGUUUCCUGUCAAUUUUUUCAUCUGCCUUCACAUUGUCUGGAGUACAUGACUGAAUGUCUUUUGAAAGACUACUCGAUAACAGAGGACAUGUUUGAUUUACUUUUAAGCCCACACAUGAAAGUUCUGGAUUUAUCACAACUGGGCACUGGACGUGAUGCAGAAAGAAAUCUUCGCAUCGUUCGUCUAGCAUCUGACAGAUGUUUGCAACUCACUACACUGAAGAUUCAUGAUAACCGUGUUGCUUUUUCUGAAGGACAGAGAAAUUUUGAAGUAGAAGAGUCUUUUGCUUGUAUUUUGCAGCGUUUUGAGUUCUUGCAAAUUCUUGAUUUAUCUUCCACAAUUUAUGGUGCAUGUUGCAUGCUCAAACUUGGAUCAACUUGUAAACCAAAACUAAGGGAGUUGCUAGUUGAUUGCUGCCCUGGUGUAACUGAUUCUGUAGUUGAAGUUUUUUGUAACGGCCAAAGUUCCCUUCAGAAAUUAUCAGUUAAUGGAACGGAAGUGACUCAUUCCGGAAUUCGAUUUGCUAUCGAACAUUUACCAGAGCUGAAAGAAUUAAAUUGCGACAAUGAGUCUGAUAUCCUCAAAGCUUUUCGUAGAAUUCGUAAAGAAACCAGAGAAUCAAAAAAAUAUUCCUUGACCCAGUUGUUUAUGCGGACCUUGAUCUUGUUGACUCGGCCAUACAUAGUCCCCUAUAAAAAAGGCAGCGUUUCAUUGAUGGUUGACAUGUGUCCGUCGAUCGUCGAUCUUUUUUUUAGUGUUAACGACAAAGGAUUUACGAAUGAGGAGUUAUUAGGUUUUCGAGAACUUAAACAACUAAAAAAUCUCGGAAUUGGGUCGUCAGUCUCUGUUCGUGGCGGAGUAAUUCCUCUUCUACAAGCUCGUGGCCAUACACUUGAAACGUUAUCUUUAUCGAUGGAAGUAACGAGUGAAGAAGUCUUUCUAAUCAUCGAGAGCUGCCCGAACAUUCGCCGUUUGCGACUUGUUUUAGAAAGUACCGAUCUGAUGGAUACUCCCGAACCGGUGGUAGAUGACCGCGUCCACUCUUCUCUUUGUUCCCCAAAGGAAGUAUUUCCGUUAAGGAUGCUGGAAGUCAUCUCUCUGUCUUCUGACCUUUUUUUUUCUCCAAACCCCAUCUUCGCUAUUUCACGCAAAUUGUUGCUAUUGCUUUUGUCUUCCCCUACUCUUACAGUGAUUUGCAUAGAAAAGUGUUUUACUCUUGAUGACCAGAUCAUCGAGGAAGCUUGCGCUAGAAACAGUUUCAAGUAUUUGACCAAGUUAAACUUUUACGGUUGUUCUAAUGUGAGCCAGAAAGGCAUCGAUUUCUUCCUGAACGAAGCGAAUCCUUUGGACGAAAUUUCUGUAGAAUACUGUGGAAAUGUGAACUUUGAUCGUUUGAAAAUGAUGGUAGAAGAGAAGCACUGGAAUGUCAAGUGGAAUGUUUAAGAUCAGAGGUGAUUACAGUAAGAAAAUGCGAUCCAAUGUUGUUUUUUUUUAACUUUCGUCGUUUUUCCUGCCCAAACACUUAUUUCCUUAUGUUUAUACUAUAUGCUUUCAUAAAAUCCUCACCUGGAACUCUCAUAAGAUUCUUCAUCUGCUGUACACGAGUCAAGGUUAAAUAGUCACGGAAUCCAAUA